CCCUUUUCCCGCCUCCCGCGCAGGUCCUGCCAGGUCCAUGGAGACCCCAACCCCACCCCACCUCCCGCACCCUCAACCCGCGCCGCUCACCCCCACGCAUCGCGCUCGCAUAUCGCGGCAAUAAUUAUCGCCGCAACUCCCGGGCUUGUCAAUGGGGGAUAAUCCCCGUUUUGUUUCAUUCCAAACCCGCGCCGUCCAGGACCGGCGCCGGCGGGAGGCGGGAGCCAAGAUGGCGGCGGCCGUGAGGGGGCGUUCCAAGAUGGCGGCGGCGGGAGCGGCGUGAGGGGCGGCCGGGGGGUCCCAGCGGCUCCUCUUUGAGGGGUCCCAGCGGCUCCUCUUGGGGGGUCCCAGCGGAUCCUCUUGGGGGGUCCCAGCGGCUCCUCCUUGAGGGGUUCCCGCGCGUCUUCGGGGGCUCGGAAAGGCCGCGGAGAUGGCGGAGGAGAAGAAGCUGAAGCUGAGCCACACGCUGCUGCCCGCCGAGUCCAUGAAGGUGAUGGCGGAGGCCAUGGGGGUCGCGGGGGUCCCCGAGGAGACGUGUCAGCUGCUGGCGGAGGAGGCGAGUUACCGCCUCAAGGAGGUGGCGCAGGACGCCCUCAAGUUCAUGCACAUGGGGAAGCGCCGCAAGCUCACCACGGGGGACGUGGAUUUCGCCCUCAAGCUGAAAAACGUGGAGCCCCUCUAUGGAUUCCACGCCCAGGAGUUCAUCCCGUUCCGCUUUGCCAGCGGGGGGGGCAGGGAGUUGUACUUCUACGAGGAGAAGGAGGUGGAUCUGAGCGACAUCAUCAACACCCCCCUGCCCAGGGUGCCCCUCGACGUCUGCCUCAAGGCCCACUGGCUCAGCAUCGAGGGGGUGCAGCCCGCCAUCCCCGAGAACCCCCCGCCCGCCCCCAAGGAGCAGCAAAAGGCCGAGGCCACCGAGCCCCUCAAAUCGGCCAAGCCGGGCCAGGAGGACGACGGGACCCCUAAGGCCAAGGGCCCGGGGGGCGGGGGAGAUGGCAAAGGGAAGGACAAGAAGCCCCCCCUGCUGGAGGGGCCCCCCCUGAGGCUGAAGCCCCGCAGCGUCCACGAGCUGUCGGUGGAGCAGCAGCUCUACUACAAAGAGAUCACCGAGGCCCAUGCGGGGUCUUGCGAGGCCAAACGGGCUGAGGCCCUGCAGAGCAUCGCCACCGACCCCGGGCUGUACCAGAUGCUGCCCCGCUUCAGCACCUUCAUCUCCGAGGGGGUGAGGGUGAACGUGGUGCAGAACAACCUGGCCCUGCUCAUCUACCUGAUGAGGAUGGUGAAGGCCCUGAUGGACAACCCCACCCUGUACCUGGAGAAAUACCUGCACGAGCUGAUCCCCGUGGUGAUGACGUGCAUCGUGAGCCGCCAGCUGUGCCUCCGUCCCGACGUGGACAAUCACUGGGCCCUGCGCGACUUCGCGGCCCGGCUGGUGGCCCAGGUGUGCAAGAACUUCAGCACCACCACCAACAACAUCCAGUCCCGCAUCACCAAGACCUUCACCAAGAGCUGGGUGGAUGACAAGACCCCCUGGACGACCCGUUACGGCUCCAUCGCGGGGCUGGCGGAGCUCGGCCACGACGUGAUCAAGACGCUGAUCCUGCCGCGGCUCCCGGCCGAGGGCGAGCGGGUGCGGAACAUUCUGGAAGGGCCCGUGGUCAGCAACAUCGACCGCAUCGGGGCCGACCACGUGCAGACCCUGCUGCUGAAGCACUGUGCCCCCGUGCUGGCCAAGGCGCGGCCGCCCCCCGACAGCCCCGAGUCGUACCGGGGGGAUUUUGGGUACCUGGGGGGGCUGCUCUGCUCCCACGUGGUGAAGGCCCGGGCACAGGCGGCCCUGCAGGCCCAGCAGGUCAACAGGACCACCCUGACCAUCACCCAGCCCCGGCCCACGCUGACGCUGUCCCAGGCCCCGCAGGCCCCGGGGGGUCCCCGCGCCCCCAGCAUCAUCAAGGUGCCCUCGGCCAUCGCCCUGCCCGUCCCUGUCCCCGUGCCCACCCUGGGCUCGGGGCGCCCCGGGACCCCCACCCAGCCCUCGCCACCGCCCCCCAAGUUCAUCGUCAUGUCCUCGGCCAGCAGUGCCCCCCAGCAGGUGAUCACGCUGAGCACGUCCCCCGCCCCCACGGCCACGUCCCCCGUCACCACCACGGUCCCCAGCGUGCAGCCGCUGGUCAAGCUGGUGUCCCCCAGCGCCACCAGCGCCACCAGCGCCACCAGCGCCACCGUGCAGAAGUACAUCGUGGUGUCCCUGCCUCCGCGGGGCGGCGACAGCAAGGCCGGCCCCGACCCCCAAAGCCUCCCCGGCGAUGCCCCCCUCCGUUUCGCCCCCUCGCCUCCCCUGCGGCGCCGCCUGCAGAUCGCCGUGCUCCAGUGUUUCUCCUUCCUCCUCCUCGGCCAGCUGUGCACGCUGCUGUUCGUGCUGGCGCUGCGGGGCCCGCUCUGGGUGCCCGCCCUGCUCUACGGGCUGUGGCUGCUGGCGGACCGCGACACGCCCCGCCGCGGGGGGCGCCCUUCGCCCUGGGUGCGCCGCUGGGCGCUCUGGCGUCACUUCCGAGACUACUUCCCCAUCUCGCUGAUCCGGACGGUGGAGCUGGACCCCGGCAGGAAUUACAUCUUUGGCUUCCACCCCCACGGCGUUUUGGCCGCCGGGGCCUUCGGGAAUUUCUGCACCGAGGCCACGGGGUUUGGGGGGCUCUUCCCGGGGCUCAGCCCCCACCUGCUCACCCUGCCCUGCUGGUUCCGCCUGCCCCUCUUCCGGGAAUACAUGAUGGCCGGGGGCCUGGUUUCCUCGGAGGCCUCGAGCCUGGAGCACCUGCUGAGCCAGAAGGGGGGCCACGUGGCCGUCAUCGCCCUGGGGGGGCCCCCCGAGUCCCUGGACGCCCACCCGGGGGGGCUGCGCCUGCAGAUCCUGCGCAGGAAGGGCUUCGUGCGCCUGGCCCUGCGCUAUGGGACGCCGCUGGUGCCCGUGUUCAGCUUUGGGGAGAACGAGCUGUUCCGGCAGGUGCCGAACCCUCCGGGCUCGCGGCUGCGGCGGCUCCAGCAGCGCCUGCAGCGCCUGCUGGGGGUGGCUCUGCCCCUCUUCCACGCACGGGGGGUCUUCCAGUACAGCUUCGGGCUCCUGCCCUUCCGCCGGCCCAUCCACACCGUCGUGGGGUCCCCCCUGGAGCUGCCCCGGACCCCGAAGCCGUCGGAGGAGGAGGUGGAGCUUUGGCACCGCCGCUACCUGGACAGGCUCCACGAGCUCUUCGAGGGGCACAAAGCGGGGUACGGGGUCCCCCCCGAGCGCCACCUCACCUUCGUCUGACCCCCCCACCCUCGGGGACCCCCCCGACCCUCGGGGACCCCCCCAAAAUCCCCCGGGGAGCCCCCAGAGUUCUCUGUGACCCCCUCGGUGCCCAAUAAAGGAGCUCGGAUGGAGCCGGGGAGGGGCUUUUU